GCCCUCUUCUGCGCGACGUGCGCCCACUUGGUCAUGCUUUGCCACAACCUCUUGCACAACGUGGUCGCCCCGCGCGUCGACCACUGGUGCCGACCUCCGGCCGAGUACUCCAACCUGAAUCUUUCCCAGUGGCGCUCGGUAAGCGAACCCGAGGACGACCGGGGACAACCUCGCCGGUGCGAGCGUUUCGUGCCGCCGCUCUCCGUCCUGACGGUCAACCGCUCCACGCUGCCCUGCGACUCCGUCGUCUACGACGUCUCCUCCUACGGCCGUACCGUCGUCGGCGACUGGAACCUGGCCUGCGAACGCGGAUGGCUACUCCCCGCAUCGUUCGCCGCCUACAUGUGGGGCGCGGCGCUCGGAGCCCUGGUCGCCGGUCACGUCGCCGACAAGGUGGGUCGCCGACCGGUCACCCUAGUCGCGACGCUCGGCCUCCUAGGUUGCGGCAUGGGCGUCUGUUUCGCCGACACUUUCCCGACGUUUGCCGCGCUCCGCUUCGGCGUGGCCGCCUUCGUCUGCGGCGUCCAGGUGACCACGUACGUCCUCCUGUUCGAGGUGACCGCUCGGGCCAGGCGCACAUUGUACUGCGUCGUGGCGACGGGCGUCGGGCUGACCCUCGGUCCGGUCUUCGUGUACGCCCUGACCGAGCUGAGUCGCUCCUGGGUGGCGACGCAGGCGAUCGUCAUGCUGCCCACGUCCCUGCUAGGCCUCGCGGUCGUCUACGCGACCGAGGAGUCUCCGCGGUGGCUGCUCGCGACGGUCGACGUGUCGCGCGCCGACAACGCCGUGCUCCUGGCGGCGAGGCUUAGACACGGCGGCUGCCUGCGCGACGCGCUCGCAGACUGGCGUUUGCAGACCUCGCAGGCUCGGCCGAACGCCAUCCCGAAGGCCGCAAACCAAGAGACGCCCCAGGAAAGCGGCUGCUGCCAGACGCUUCGGUCGCGUCUCCUACGUCCUGUCGUCGCCGUCCUCUAUUGGUGCUGGUUCAUCGCGCUGCUCUCGUACUACAGCCACGCCAUGAUGCGAGCCCGGUUCGGCGGCGGCAGCGCGGACGUCUUCUGGCUCAACCUCACAGCGGUCGCGCUCCAGAUGCCCGGGUCGGUAGCCACGUACCUCUCCAUGCGACGUCUGGGUCGCAGGUCCACCCUGUGGCUUCUGCUGUGCCUGCUGAGCCUCGUGUCUGGAAUGGACGCCGUCAUGCUGGCGGUGCGCGGAUACCGGCACCGUGCCGUCCUCUUCCUGUACGCCCUGACGGGAGUGCUGGUCAACCAGUUCGUCAUGCUCCUGUUCGCGUACAGCGUGGAGGUCUUCCCCACCGCCACCCGCGGAGUGGCCGUGUCCGGGGCCGACUUCUGCGGUCGGCUGGGCGCGGCAUCUGCGCCGGCACUGAGCCGUCUCCUCGGUGUCGCCGGUCUCGGAGGAGGCGCCGUGCCCGAGAUGGCACUGUUAAGCCUAAUGGCGGCGCUCGCGGGUCUCGGUGCCCUGUCGCUGCCGGACACCGUGUCUCUCGCGAUGUUGGAACGCCUGGAGGAAGACUCUUGCGCCGGCAAGCGUUUGCUGCGUCCACCUCCCGCCCUCACCAAGGCUCCGACGCUCGGUGCUGGCUGAGGCGUUGCGAUUGCAGCAACCGUGCACAGAGCCGUCAAGUCAGCCAGGACGUCGCCACGGCUUCUUCUGCACCGUUGCGAAUGGACGAAUGGGGGCGCCGGGAGCAGAACUUUGUCCCGACAUGCAGCCAGACUCGACGUCGACAGCUCGAGAUGGACAUUAGUACAGUUUCAUUGUUAGGGUGGGGGCUCCGGAUAUAUUUAUUAGCGACACUUGC